AUGGCCUCAGCAUCUUCACCGUCCACGCUCAAUCCAGUUCUUGCCCACCAACACAAGCACAAAGCUAAGCUCGCAACAUCCAAUCUCAUCGUACCCCAAAACCUGACGGCGUCGUCGACGAAACCCGACCCUAUAAGGCCCAAUUCGUCGAGCGUGAGGAGGGAAAUUCAGGGCUCAGGCAACUGGGAGCACCUCGUCAACCCCCUCAACCCUUUGCUCCGCUCCGAAAUUAUCCGAUACGGAGAAUUUGUCUCUGCCUGCUACAAGUCCUUCGACUUCGACCCUAAAUCAAAACGCUACCUCAACUGCAAGUACGGCAAGAAAUCGAUGCUGUCGUCGACCGGCAUGGCGAGCUCCGGCUACGAAGUGACCAAGUACAUCUACGCCACACCGGACAUUGCGGUGCCCACGCAACCGGGUGCGUGCAGUGCCCGGUGGAUUGGUUACGUGGCGGUGUCGACAGAUGAAGAAGAAAAUUUUGGAAUCGGCAGGAAGGAUAUCGUGGUAGCCUUUCGAGGGACGGUGACCUACACAGAAUGGAUCGCCAACAUGAUGAGCUCCUUGACGCCCGCCAGGUUCGACCCCAACGAUCCGAAACCCGAUGUCAGGGUCGAGUCAGGGUUCCUCAGCCUCUACACAUCCUCCGACAGCACGUGCAGAUUCAGUCAAGGCAGCUGCAGGGAGCAGCUCCUCAGCGAGGUGUCGAGAAUUAUUAAUAAUUGCAAAACCGAAGAGCUGAGCAUCACGCUGGCAGGUCACAGCAUGGGCAGCUCGCUGGCUCUGCUGCUUGGCUACGACAUACCGAAGCUAGGGCUGAACCGUAACGGGGCGGUGCCGGUCACGGUGUACUCGUUCAGAGGACCGAGGGUUGGCAACCAUGGGUUCAAGAGGCGGUGCGAGGAGCUCGGAGUGAAGGUGCUGCGGGCGGUGAACGUGAACGAUCCGGUGACGAAGUUGCCGGGGUUCUUGUUGAACGAGAAGGUUGCUAGGGUUGUGGGAGGAGAGAGCUGGUAUGGGAGUUAUUGCUAUGUUCAUGUUGGGGUUGAGUUGGAGCUUGAUUUCUUCUCGAUGGAGAAUCCUGCGUGCGUUCAUGACUUGGACACUUACAUAGAAUUGAUCAAAUCAUGUCCUUAUAAUAAGACCAGGGCUAAGGAUCUGAAGGGAGUUGAGGUCGUCAGCAAGGUGAGAGAGUUGAUGAGCAGGGGAAAGAAGACUAAUAUUGUUGAUGCAUGGCCUUGGAGCUGGAUGCAUGCAGCUAGACAAGUAGGCGACUUAGUGCAGUCCUUAGGAUUUUGA